AUGUCUUCGGGCGAGCUCCCCCCGGGCCUCAAGACCUUCGGGCCCAGCGCCAACUGCACCCUGGACAUUUGCCCUGCCGAAUGGAGCAUCUACGGCUACCAGCCCUCGCUGGGCGCCAACGCCACCUUCCUCGUCAUGUUUGCCAUCCUUGGCCUCGUUCAUACCUACCUCGGCGUCCGGUGGAGGAGCUGGGGCUUCAUGUCGGGCAUGAUUGUCGGCUGCCUUUGCGAAAUCAUCGGCUACGCAGGCCGCAUCAUCCUCUUCAACAACCCUUUUUCGUUUGGUGGCUUCAUGGUCCAAAUCAUUACCCUGGCCAUCGCCCCCGUCUUCUACACGGCCGCCAUCUACGUAACCUUGUCCAAGGCAAUCGUCUUCUUCGCGCCGGACCUGUCGCGAUUCAAGCCACAGCUCUUCAUCUGGAUCUUCAUCCCUUUCGACGUCGUCUGCCUCAUCCUCCAGGCCGUCGGAGGAGCCAUGUCAACGCGAUCGGGCGGCCAGGAUCAGGCGGGUGUCAACAUCUCCAUGGCCGGCCUGGCGCUGCAGGUCAUCAUCCUGACGGCCUUUGUCGCCUGCUUUGGGGACUACAUGUUCCGCUACUGGCGCUCGGGCCGCUACGUGGGCUUCGGCUGGCGCAUCAAAGGCUUCUUCCUCGGACUGACGUCGUCGAUCCUUCUGAUCCUGGCCCGUUGCGCCUACCGUGUUGCCGAGCUGCGCGACGGUUACCAUGGAGAGCUGAUCAAAGAGGAGGUUCCCUUCGUCAUCCUCGAGGGCGUCUUGAUUGUACUGGCAUGUCUGGCGCUGUGCUUCGGGCAUCCCGGCCUGGUGUUUGGCCAGAGUGCGCCGCCCAAGGGAUCCGACGAUGGCGAGAGCGGCACGGCCACUCCUGAGCGCAAGUAG